AUGGCCGGGGUGGUGGAGGAGCUGGUGAAGAAGGCCGGCGGGUGCGCGGUGAUUGACGGCGGCUUCGCCACGCAGCUGGAGGCGCUCGGCGCUGACAUCAACGACCCGCUCUGGAGCGCCGCCUGCCUCAUCACCAAGCCGCACCUCAUCAAGGAGGUCCAUAUGCAGUAUCUUGAAGCUGGUGCCGACGUCAUCAUCUCAUCGUCCUACCAGGCAACUAUCCCGGGGUUCCUGGCCAGGGGACUGCUCCUCGAGGAGGCAGAAGGAUUACUGCGAACCAGUGUCCAGCUGGCGCUGGAAGCCCGGGACGAGUUCUGGAAGUCGACGCUGAGAAAGUCGAAGCCCGUCUACAACCGUGCCCUCGUCGCCGCGUCCAUCGGAAGCUAUGGAGCCUACCUCGCUGAUGGAUCAGAGUACAGUGGGUCAUACGGAGACGACGUCACGGCGGAGAAGCUCAAGGACUUCCACCGGCGCCGGCUGCAGGUCCUGGCGACCGCUGGCCCCGACCUGAUCGCGUUCGAGGCCAUUCCCAACAAGAUGGAGGCUCAGGCUCUGGUUGAGCUUCUGGAGGAGGAGGACAUCCAGGUCCCGUCGUGGAUCUGCUUCAGCUCGGUGGACGGCAAGCACCUCUGCUCGGGGGAGAGCUUCGGGGACUGCCUCCAGAUCCUCAACGCCAGCGAGAAAGUCGCCAUCGUGGGGGUGAACUGCACGCCGCCUCAGUUCGUGGAGGGCAUCAUACGCGAGUUCAAGCAGGUCUGCAGCUUCUUUCUUAUUUUCCGAAAUCGCAAAUCGAAACUGCUUCGCGCACGACGCCAACAGCAAACGAAGAAGGCGAUCGCGGUGUACCCCAACAGCGGCGAGGUCUGGGACGGGAGAGCCAAGAGGUGGCUGCCGGUGGAGUGCUUCGGCCGCAAGAGCUUCGACGUGAUGGCGAGGAGGUGGCAGGAGGCCGGCGCCAGCCUCGUGGGAGGCUGCUGCCGGACGACGCCGUCGACCAUCCGGGCGGUCUCCAAGGCGCUCAAGAGCAGGAACGACCAGUGA